AUGUCACAGUGUGUCAAAACUGUCUCUAACAUAUGCAUCACGAACUGGUACGACAACAAACCAAUCGUGUUGGCCUCCACCCACGUGGGCAUGGAGCCUGUGGAUGACUGCACACGAUUUUCAAAGAAAGACCGAAAGGAAGUUGCUGUCACGAGACCAGCAGUUGUCGCAGAGUACAACACUUACAUGGGGGGUGUUGAUCUCUGUGACAGAAUGUUGAGCUUCUACCCCACUACCAUGCGCACAAAGAAGUGGAUGAUUCGGACCCUCAUUUUCAUGAUGGAUGUCGGAGUCUUGAACUCUUGGCUGCUUUACAAGCAAGACCAUCGAGAGUUGGGCACACAGAGAAAAAGCAUUAUGCAACUGCUAGACUUCAAGCUCGAGCUCGCCCAUUUGUGCUUGCCUCUGACAAGGGGUUUUCCUCAACUGAAAGUGAUUGCGAAGCUUUGCAACUGCGAAAGCCAGCAGCUGUGCCACUUCCGUCAUCAUCCGUGUGCACACUGA